UGCUGCAAGGACCUGAUGCGUCUCCCAAUCAGCGUUUCUCACUCGCAACAUCUAAAGUGUCUUUCUCUAGAAAAUUUUACAAAUCUUGCAAAAGAAGAAAUAGGUCUAUCCAUUGGGUACUCCACAUGUCUUAACGAUUCACAAAUAACAUUAUCCAGAACGAUUAAGAGGUCUGAACCAGAAUCAAGUGCUGAAUUACAACGACAACUCUUGUCGUCGCUUUAUUGGUAUCUUGACGACUUCUCUAUUUAUAGCACAACCACUUUGCAAGAGUUUGAUCUAUCUUGGAGUGCUGUUGUCAGCCUUCCCCCAACAAUGAAAAUAUAUGUUGAAUUGAGGAUUCUCAGAUUGUGCCAUUGUGAGAAACUUCAAGAAAUUCUACAUCUUCCACCAAAUAUACAAGAGCUAUAUGUCAGAGAGUGUUUCUCCUUGGAACGAUUCCCAGAAGUAUCAACAAAAUUUCAAUUCUAUACAUCCUGUGGCUUGCGAGAGCUAAGAUGGAUUGACUUGUCCGAUUGCCAUAAAUUGGUAGCAAAUAUAGGGAGUCAAGUGCCAAAUCCUUCAUUUGUUGAGGAACAUAUUCAAGACCAUUCAUGUGGUAUUAUAUUUCCAGGGAAUAAGAUUCCAGAUUGGUUUAGCCAUACUAAGGAGAUUUCAAAUGGUGAUGAUUCUUGUGAAUUGGAUAUUAGUGGUCCCUUGUAUUUGGAAGAGAUCAUAGGUAUUGUUUUUUGUGCUGUUCUUGGAUCCGACCCGGAUUACCCCUUGGGGCCCUUCUCCGGUAUUUGUGUUUCUAUAAAUGGUAACAUGCUUGUAGAAGCGAGGUUUUACUUAUAUGGAGGCUCGGAUCAUGUAUAUCUAAAUUACUCGUUUCCAGAUUGCAUCGAGCAAUUGCUGCGGUACCCAACAGAAGACAAUCUGAGGUUUAGAUUUUGUUGUGAUUCUUAUAAAGUGAUGUUUAAAAGUUGCGGAGUUCACAUAGUCUAUAAGCAUGAAGAGAAUGAGAAUUUAACAGUUGGGGAGUGCUCAGUAGAUUCAUCGAAUGGUAUCCAGCUUUCUAAGAGACGUCGAGAUGAUGAAGACAGCAAGUUGGAAUUCAAUGGGUACCCACAACACAAGAGACUCUCUCAAGACUUGGGCAAUUCAAAUACAACAUAGUUAGGCUCGCCACAAUCGUAUUCUUGCCAGCCAUCUCACGCACAAAUCACACCAUCUUCUUCCUUCGAUUGGAGUGACUUCCUCAACGAACUUGUUCCCUGUCCGGGCUUUCAGGAACAACAAGAUCUCUACGUCAAGGGAGUCUCAUCGCCAACCAAUUACCCGUCAACUCUCGAGCAAAUACCCCAGUUAAACUAUGAUACUGGGAAUUAUAAUGGCCUAAAUUGAGUUGGACAUGAGGGUGGUUUUGAGACAUUUGAUUUUGGAUCCACAAGUGGAGCUCAAACAAGCAACAGGUCAGAAGCUUCAUCAUCUGUGAGUUCAUUUGUGGAGGCUAUUCGGGAACAGGACAGAGUAUGCCGGCAGAAUUUCUAGAUAUUUUAGAUGCAUCUUUUGAUUACUAGCUGGUACUAUAAUAUGGUUCUGUUACACUAGUAGAAAAUAAUAAUUGCAGAAUUCAUAGUUUCAAUGGGUGGUUUCUCGAGUCUCGUUUGGAAUUCCUAUUGCCUCUUUCUUCGCAUCAGUUCUCCAAGAACGAUCAGCGUACAGUUAUGCUUGUUUUGGCCUCUCUUCUGUUUUAGUAGACUUGUUAAUGGAAUGAUGAGUUUUUCGAUCGAUCAGUCAAAGCUUUGCAGGUGAUUUCUACUUCUCAGACGACUGACGGAGCUGAAUUUGAGUUUUAGAGUGUUCAAGUUUUGUACAUUCAUUUUGAAAAAAAAUCGGGUUCACUAUGAACAAUGCAUAUUAACGGAUUCUCCGCCGGAUCUACCAGAAACAUAUAUUCUCCACAGGCUGUACCAGGAGGGAUGUUCUUUUUCUUUGCACAAUCUCUUAGACAGCCUGAAAGACACUCAUUGCAAAGAACUCCCUAAUUGAAUCUUGGAAUUCGUUCUUAGACGGACUUCCAAGUAUUGCUAUUUGAUCGUUUCCUUAAUGAUGAUCUUGAACAAAAUGCAAACACUUCUUUUUUUCCUCCUUGUGGUUGUAUAAGUUUCCACUUCAAAGACACGCAAACUGCCACUUUGUGGGAAUUGACAUAUUUAAUGGGAAGAAGCUUGAGGAUAUCGUUCCUUCAUCCCACAACUGUGAUGUUCCUCAUGUUUCUCGCACUGAUUAUCAGUUGAUUGAUAUCUCUGAAGACGGUUUAUUAACACUUGUUGUCGUGUAGGUGAGUCUUUUAAUGGAUAAUGGAGACACCAAGGAUGAUCUGAGGCUACCCACUGAUGACAAUCUGCUCGGCCAGGUAUCUAUCUCAUUGAGAAGGUUUUCGUUAACCUUGCAAAUUGAUUGUUCAUCAAAAGCUUAGGAGUCCAGACCUUGGAUAGAUUCUCUAUUCUUGUGUCUGUAUAGACUAAUAUUUGUCUUUUAUUUCCUGUGAAUGGAUAAAAGAUGGGUUUGGUGAAGGAGAGGACCUCGUGCUGAGCAUUAUGUCUGCAAUGGGGGAGAAGCAGAUCUCUGCCCUAAAGGACAUUGGCCCAAAAAACUAAAUAUGAUGCUGUAGCAGUAGCUAUGGUUGAUGUCAAAAGAAGCCCUUGCUUUUAGAUCUGAGAGGGAAGUUAUCUACUGGUGUUACAAUAAGUUUCUAUUAGAUGCAAUCUAGUACUGUAAAAAAAGAAAAUUCAGCACUCAUCUGUGUGCUUAGAAUUCUAUCAGGCUUGUGAAUGGGGGCCAGGAAAUAGAAAGGUGGGGCUGCAUAUCCCUCAGUGAAGGGAACUUAAGUUUACAGCAGGAUGGAAUUUAUACAAAUAUAGCUAUUCUGCCAUUUUCUUGUUUCUGUUUUAGCUUUGCCCUUCUUGGGGGCUGUGGUUCGUUUCUUUUUCCUUUUACAGAAUUUGAGGAUUAUGGGUUUCACUCAUUGGAAAUUCUUAAAAGAAAUUCCGGAUUUUUCAAGCACCUCAAUUCUGAAGGAAUUGAUUGUCAAAGAGUGUAGAAGUUUAAUUGAGUUGCAAUAUUUAUGCGCGCUUCGUCGUGGUUAUUAUCCAAAUCUCGCGAAGAAGAUGGGGGGAUGAUGGACAGUCCAUAUUGAGUCCAACAAAUUAUAUUGGAGAACAACUACAUGAAUUGCAACCUCCAACGAAUUCAAUCACUGCAUUACAAGUGUAGAAUCUUCUAAAUUGUUCGAAUCAAAUUUCUUUACCAUGUUGACUUUUGUGUUUACUUUGCAUAGUACAGAUCUAUUGGGGACCGAAAUUGUUAGUCUUUCCACGAGCAUCAAAGGAUUCGUUAUAUUUCCUCAAGAGAUUGUCACAAACUUGAAGAAAUAUUAGAACUUCCACCAAAUAUAACAAAUGUCAAAUGCUGAAGGAAGCAAAUCAUUAGAAAGAUUUGCAAAAGUAUAACAACUACAUAAUAGAAGCUUCCUAGUUCCAGGAACAUGCAAUCGACAUAAAGAGUUAAUGACUUCACACAUAGCAUCUCUGCCCCAAGCAAUUACAUAAAUAAUAAACUCCCCAUAAUUAUGAUUGGGAUCCAUGAUGUUAGAGGCACUUUGGGAAUUGGGAUGUAUUUUUCUUGGCUUCAUCUCAUCUGAAAUCAGCAUUAUUACUCCACAUGGCAGCGCUGUUCUCAUGGAUUGAUCAUUGAUGUGCAUAAUGCAUAUUGUUUUUUAUUUCUGAAUAAAGUAAACUUCAUUACUAAAUAAGGUCUUAGUACAAUAAGCUAGUAAUUACUACUAAUCUAUUAUGUGAUCCGAUACAUCUGGUGGAUCCUUACUGCUAUGAAAAUCUAAUAGACAUUGUGGGAUUUUGAUUUAGGGUAUGCUUUCUAUUACAAUAUUGGAUACUGCCCAUUGUGCAAUGGCAUGCGCACAUUGAUUUUGAGAGCGAUUUAUUUUAACUGCCUCCCAUCUUUCAAAGUUUUGUAGUAUUAAUCUCGUGUCUCUUAUGAUACCUUCUACAAGCCGCUCUUGAUUUUCUUGUGGGUCCUUUAGAGCUGAUAUGGUUCUUUAAGAGUUUUCUUCUACCAUGAUAU